UGCUGACUGAGAUUUAUAAAGAAAAAAAGCGAAGGUUACUCCUGCCACCCAAUUAUUUGCAGCUGGAGCCUUAACGCAUCAAUUCUGGCUGAGAUCAAGAACCCAUUAGCUAUCGGACAGAGGACGACCUCUGCAGAAGGACAUACGCGAAGUGAGAUCUGUGAAAUAUUAACUUUGUCGUCUUCACAAUGUGCUUCGGCACUCUGCUUUAAAUGGUUACAGGAGGUAACGGUCUGACCGGCAACUGAGGAGAAAAAUGCAAUAAGAGUGCAACAGAGAAACUCCACAUGCAACUUGCGAACAUUGGAUACAUAGCAAGCAGUUUUUUUGUAAUUGUCUGUUUUUAUUUUAUUUUUUUUUACAAAAUAAUUUGGAUGCUUACCGUAUGAUCAUUUUAAACGAAAAUUGACGAACAAGAUCAGAAUUAAAGUUUUCUACAUGAAAUAAUCCCCAAUGGGAAAUAGAUGCACCAAUGGACGAUCCAGCAACGAAAUUCUAGAUUAUGAAGAUUCGGAUAUGGGGAUAUCCAGAUUUGUUGCACUGUUAUUAAUGAUUUUGGGAUACACAAAACCUGGAAAAUCUUCUCCUUUACGCCCCAUCUGUGAUAUUAGAGUUAUGGAUCAAUAUAUUAAAGAGGCAAAAGAUGCUGAAAAUGCUAUGAAAGGCUGUAAAGAAGAAUGCAUCCUCCCAGAACCACUUACACUUCCUGUAAUGAAUCUAAACUACAUGGAAUGGGAAUCAAAAGAUAACAAGAUAAAAGAGGAGGAAGUACAAUCGGGGCUCUCACUGCUAAAACAAGCAAUUCUCAUAGCACGAGAAAAAGUGACAAGUAGUGUUCCUUUGGAAUUCAUAGAAGCAGCCUACAGAAACAUAAGGAAUAUUGGACAGAUCCUUAAAAGUUUAAAUAUUCAGGAAUUCACUAGUCCAGUGUCACAACGCAGCAAAACUAUAGCUGUCAGAACUCUUAGUGAACUUUUUCGUGUUCAAGCAAGUUUCUUGCGUGGUAAAGUAAGGUUGCUUUUGAUUUCUGCUGAGGCAUGCAGGAAGGAGAAAAGCUGAGAGGCAGCAACCUUGGUUAAAAUCAUUCCCUGGAAUGGACACAGAGCUGCACAUAGACAGUAGUGGACUAUGCAAUAUGUUGAUUUAAUCAUUCAUCUGGAAAGGUCAAAUAACAGUGUUAAGAAGUGAAAUAUUUUCUCACAUAGCUGGGAAAAUAUACUGUGGUCAUCCUCAUCCUGUUACAAUGGAAUCCACACUGGAACCUUCUGGACACACAGCACAAGAAAAGCCUGAUUGUACAGGCAGCCAGAUAUGCAGGAAGCCCAAAUAUCACUCCUAUCACUUGGAUUUAGACUGAAUGGAAUUAUCGGGGUUUGGUUGGUUGGUGAGUAAAAAACAGAUUUGUGAACUUUUUGUGUUUUUUUUUUUCUUUUUAGAUAACAUUGUAGCCAGUCUAAAUAUUGGCUAAUGUUGCCUCACAUCCUAAAACUCUGCAUAAGCAUGAGAAACUUGGUUUUGUUAUGGCAAAACAAACACAGCCUGUUAAAUAGGAAUUUUAAGCACUUUUUAUUUAUUUGUAUUUAUACUUGCAAUUUUACUAAUAAAUCUUGUGUUACU